AUGACUUUAGAGGCUACAAUCAUAUGUGUCGACAACUCAGAGUGGAUGAGAAACUGUGACUUCCAACCAUCAAGAUACGACGCACAGAAGGAUGCCGUAAACUUAAUAUGCGCUGCCAAGACUCAAUCUAACCCAGAGAGCUGUGUUGCUAUAUUAUCAAUGGCUGGCAGAUCACCAGAGGUAUUGGUCACAUUGACACAGGACCUUAGCAAGAUAUUGUCGAGCUACAAUGAACUUAAGAUCCAGGGCACAUCAGACUUCACGACAUCAAUGCAGAUAGCACAGCUGGCACUGCGUCAUCGUCAGAAUAAGAAUCAGCAUCCAAGAAUCGUUGUGUUUGUUGGCAGUCCCCUGAAAGAGACCAAGGAGGAGCUGAGCGUGCUUGCCAAGCGACUCAAGAAGAAUGACAUUGCCGUCGACAUUAUCAACUUUGGAGAGGAGUCUGUCAACGUCGAGAAGCUGGAUGCAUUCAUCAAGGAUGUAAAUAAGAAUGAUGAGAGCCACUUGUUGACAGUUCCAGCUGGCCCACAUAUUCUAUCCGAUGUGAUCGUUGAGUCAAAGAUUAUAGUCGAGGGAUCAGGUACCUAUGGUGCUCAGUUUAUCAAUGCUGAUACUGACCCAGAGUUGGCCUUGGCAUUGAAGCUAUCGCUGGAGGAGGAGCAACAACGUGUGGAGAGAGAGAGAAAGUCUCGUGAGGGCGACAAGCCAGGCUCAACUAGUGAGACCAAUACCGAUGUACAGAUGUCUUCGAACGAUUUCAACUUUAGCGAUGAUCCCGAUCUCCAGCAGGCACUGGCUCUCUCGUUGGAGCAACAGAGCUCUGAGCCCAUGCAAACAGACUCAAAUCCACCACAACAGCAACAACAACAGCCAUCCACUGAUGCCUUUAACGACCAAGAGUUCUUGAACUCAACCCUGCUUAACCUGCCCGGUGUAAAUCCAAAUGAUGAGAGAAUCAAGAAUGCAAUCCAGAACCUUCAAAAGGAUGAGAAGAAGGAUCAGGACAAGAAGGAUAAA